ACGGUCGCAUACGCGCGGGCAACCUGGCCCUAUCCCAGCCCCCGUGUUUCCUUCGGAUGGCAUGGCAGCUGGGUACCGAAAGGGUGUUAAAGCUAUGGGUCUGAUGAAUUUGUCGUACGGUCGCAUACGCGCGGGCAACCUGGCCCUAUCCCAGCCCCCGUGUUUCCUUCGGAUGGCAUGGCAGCUGGGUACCGAAAGGGUGUUAAAGCUAUGGCUGGUCACAAUGAUUUUUCGGCGGGAUGUCAAACAUCGCAUUGCGAAGAAAUUGCUAGAGAAUGUGCCGAAUAACCACUUCCUUCCAUAUCCUUACCAGCUCGAUCUGCUUGAUACCGCCUACGAACGGAACACCAUCAUAUGUCUCUCAAAUGAGCUGACGAAAAGUUUCAUAACUUUGAGUCUGAUCCGUGAAAUGGGUUACGACCACUUGGGCAAGCGUGCACUCUACAUUACCCAAGAGAAAAAUAUUCUCGAGACAGCUCAUUGCUUGGCCCGACAUACAGGUCUUUCAGUCGUUCAUUUCCAGCACAAACAACCAUUUAUCGGCUGGCGUUUCUGCGACUGGACCAAUGAGCUAUCGCGUCACCACGUGACUGUCAUGUCUCCAUGGCUGAUACCUUGCGUGCUUUCCGAUACCUCACCUGACGAGUUUCAAGUCUUCCUCCUAGAGUUUAAAAUCAAAAAGCGUGUAUUUGUUCACUACCUUUCCUUCGGGCAGAUUUCCGUCCUCUGUGAUACUUGUUGUCCUCUUUCCCCUUUCCUCUUCAACUUUGUGAUUGAUAUGCUGCUUAAAAUUUCUCUGCCUGCCUCUGAAACCCCGGGAGUCGAAAUGCUCCCAGGACGUUUCCUCACAGACAUUGAGUACGCGGACGGUAAUGCUCUCCUUGGUUCAGAUUCUUCCCAAAUACAAACGAUUUUAAAUAAAUUAAACAACUCUUCCGCACGGUUUGGCAUGCACUUCACGCCUACAAAGUGUAAAAAGCUGCUACAGGACUGGCUGGGAUCGAAUCCACACCUCAUGCUUGCAGGUGAGCCAAUCGACGUGGUAGAUAAAUUUGCUUACCUGGGCAGUUGUAUGAGUCCCGGUGGACUGGCUGGAAAUGAGAUUAUUUCCCGAAUCGGAAAGGCCAGGGCGGCUUUUGCCAACCUGCGAUUUCUAUGGCGCCGACGUGACGCUGAAGCUCGUAUAGUGGAAUUAGAGAAACGAACUAAUUGUCGUUUGGAGACCGCUUCGGAACUAUUGACAAUGCUCUCUCUUGGUGCCAGGCCAAAAGAGCGCGUUUUGCUCAGCCCAGCGGUUCAGUCAUCGGGGAACUGUGCAAUACAUCAUUUCUUCACACGCAUCCUGUCGGAGACUCGCGAGUUUCUCACUGACAUUCUGCCAGGAACGUUAGAAUUCACUUGUGAUAGAAAUACUUGUGAACAAACCGUGACAACAUCGAGCGGGUCACCUUAUUUGAGCAAUACACAAGUGCCAGACAGCCGAGGUCGCAUGAUAUGUGUUCUCGAUUAUUGUCGGCGGGCUGUGCUCCAGUGUGAAGAGGUACUCCUGGAACUCGGCGUCUGGUGUGCUGGCCAGAUCGCUCGAGUCUUUGUAAAACAUUUGAUCGGACUAGAUAGGAGGCGUGCAUUGCUGGUCAGAACCCGUACCUCUUCAGGGGACAAACUGAAUUCAAGCCAAUCAAUGGAGCACGGGGAAGACCAACUUGCUCGCGUUCUUCGUUUCACCGUCACGCAACUAUGUAUGCUUGUUCGCCUGUUCCAAAUCGAGUUUGACACGUGUCUUACUCUGGAGACGUUCAAGACAAUGAUUUCACCUAAGAUUCUCACACUCGUGGAACAGCUGAAAGCCUACAAGCCGAACAUGAAUUUUCGCAUCGAGGUGGCUGAAUUACCUAGUUCAUUUAAUUUGGCUAGUGGGAGCCGCAGAGCUCGACGACGUCGUCGAAGUCUUCAGGGUUCCGCAAGCGAAUCUGGAUCUACCGCGUUGGUUAGAGUGAAUUUACUUUCAGGAGAUCCUUCAGGAUCUUCGGACAGUUCGGCCGAUACAAUGAGUAGCGUCUCAGAUGGAGAAGAUACCGACAGUAGGAUGAAUUCGAGCUCAAGAAAAUCGUCUGCAUCCCGCAAAUCUUUCCGUGCACGUGGUUCCAAGCCCAAAUCGAAAAGUAGAAGUAGUUCUUCAGUACUCCCAAAAACGCGUGACUUGAACUUCGUGCCGACCUCUGCCCUUGUGGAUGGUAGACUCCGACCGGAUGCGGAUCCAUCACAGCUAGUGUACCGUGCCGUUUUGGAUCCAGAAGAGAAUGGGAAGCCACCUACCAAUCCUCCGCGUCUAUGUGGACUUGUCCUGGUCGGAUGCCAGUUCACUGCUUACGCACUUUCUCGGUUAAUUGACGAGUUGUGUGUUUGGGAUGUGGACCUCUUUUUUGUCAAACCUGGUCAUCUCUUUUCUCGACCUACGUCCACAUCUGACUCAGAACAGAAUUCACACAGCGCCGCCCACCAGACCGCCUUAAAAACAGGAGACGAAUCUGUUGCAGCUCCUCAUGGCUGUGAACAAUCUACGUUGCCAGCCACACAGGAAGAGACAAUUUCUAAGUUUCGCCGUGGCUCUAUUAAUCUGUUGAUCGCAACACAACCUGCUGUUUCUGCGGCAGCUGGUGGAGCUGAACUUCCCAGGUGUAAUCUCGUAGUUGCACUUCAACCACCACGCAGUUUGGCGGAAUAUCUGUCCAGCAAGGCACGGUCUCGCCUGGUGGAUCACGGGGCCCAAGUAGUUUAUUUGGUGGAAUCUGACCAGUCUGGCAACCUUGGAGAAACAGAUUCGGUCUCACCCGAUGAUUUUGAUGGGGACUUAUCGCACACCGAACAGAAGGGAGGAGGGUCUACUGGUAUACUUGCGCGAUUCCAGAAGUUAGAACAGCUUCUUGUUCGAAAUUGUCGUAGCUAUGACCUGUUUGCUGAUGAACACGAUGUAGAUCCCUUUGUGGCCGAUCAACUUAUCCCGCCAAUAAUGCCACGCGGGCCCAACGGACCAAAGCUUCUUCUAUCCAAAGCUAUCAAUGUAAUCAAUCAAUAUUGCGCUCGACUACCAAGUGAUUACAUCACCAAUUUAACGCCAAGGUGGCGCCUGAAGAGCAUACCUCAGCCACAAACAUGGAAACCGCCCGUUCAGGGUCCGGGAGCAUCGUGUGGUGCUCGAGGAGAGGUGGAGGCUGUCAGGAGACGUGGUCUUUUUCAGUGCCUUUUGAGGUUACCAAUCAAUACCUCAGUAAAAAUGGAGAUAGCUGGAGAACCGAUGGCUUGCAAAAAACUUGCCAAGCUUUCAGCGGCGCUAAAUGCCGUGCGGGCUCUUCACGCCGCAGGUGAACUAGAUUCCCGCUGGGAGCCUUCUAGCAAGGAAUCGUCGGUCAGCGGAUCUAACCGGGACAAUUCAACAAGUUGGAAUAGCGUAAAAUUGACUGCGUCUUUCACUUCGAUGCCAUCCAUAGCCAAUUCCGAAGCCGAGAUGGAAAUGAAUGAUCUCUUGGCUACCUGUAACACUGAACCGGAUGAGCCAUCGGCUGCUUUAGAGGUAGCUGGUCGUCGCCGCCAGUACUAUUUCAGAAAGCGGGGAAAAUUCCGUUUGCAAUCUUCUGUGCUGAUUUUUUCACGCAUUUCAACUUCAUUCUUCAACCUUGCCUCCCUCAUUCAGAUUCCUAGUUUUCCCAUUUUCAGUCGGUCAGGCGAGGAAACAGUUAGAUUACUCGAACUGUGGUCUCCAUUAGAGUCCAGCGUCACUUCUGAUGCGCAGCCUUUGUUUCCAAGACUCGGUCAGCCGCUAACGGAAGAGCAGUUGGGACAAUCAUUCAAGUUCCAUCGUAUCGUAUUUCAGGCUGUCUUGAGGUUAGAGAGAGAUGCUGUCAUCGAAUUCAAUGUGGCUCGAGCCUACACACAAGUCAUAGUGGUUCCUAUCCGCAUUGACACUUUCAACAUCGACUGGGAUUUCAUUUCUCUGGUCUUAUCCUCGUACAAUCCUGAGGGCGUUUGCCGUAUACUACCUCGGCGUGAUUUGUCCAAAACUGCGAUCUCUACAACCCCCGUCAGUCAAACCGGUAAAUCGAUCUCUCCACGUGGCGGGAUGAGUAGACCGUCCGGACGAACUCGGUCUUCUUUGCGUGCACGCCAGCUGGGUAACACGUCAACUGUAAACCUGCUUUUUAAUCAGCCGGGCGUGUUUGAUUUCCGUGAUGAGGACUACGUUAAUGCUGUGGUGAUGCCUGGCUACAGAAACCUGGAUCAACCACAGCACUAUUAUGUGGCGGAGAUACGCCACGAUCUGAGUCCACUUUCCCCGUUUCCUUCCUCUUCUUAUCCAAACUUCGCGGCCUACUACACCAACAAAUAUGAAGCAACCAUUACUUCAAUGGAACAGCCUCUUCUAGAUGUCGAUUUCACCGUGCUGCGACUCAAUCUGCUAGUACCGCGGUACAUGAACAUUCGCGGACACUGCUUGCCUUGUUCCAAAGAAGGCCGGAAACGAGAUCGGCGUGAUAACCUAACCUACAAACAAAUUCUCAUCCCAGAGCUCUGCUUCAUCCACCCGUUUCCCGCUUCAGUGUGGCGCAAAGCCGUUUGUCUUCCCAGUGUUCUCUAUCGAAUUCACAGCCUUCUGCUUGCCGAAGAGCUUCGUCGUCGAAUAGCUUACGAAACUGGCUUGGGCCGAGCUCGACUACCUCGCCCCAGAAGUAUAAACAGCAAGGGUUGGUACGACCACAGCAGUGAUCUCGACAGACAUUCUCAAGACUCAGGGUUUCAGUUGUUUGAGCCGUUAAAAUUAGUUUUCCCUCUUCAAGUAGAAUCCGCAGAUUCGCGAGAUCCAACGGCGAGUGGCACAGAGCGCGGACAAAAUGUCGUUGCGAAACGUCGACGUCGACGGGACCGCCACAUCCGGGGUGUAAAAGAGGAUAUGUUCCGUGCUGGUGAAGGAAGAGAUUCUCCGGAGGCGGAUGGAACACAACUCAAUAAUGCCACCCAAAUGUCCAAGGAUAGAGCCACUGAUGAAGAUGCAGGGGAUACGGAAGAUGACGACAACCAGGAAAUGGCAGUCGAUGAGGAAGAUGAGGAGGAAGAGGAAACCUAUGAGCAUCCACGUUCCAAAAAAACGUCUAGGUCGAGGCACUCUAUGAAGCCCCCGAAAUUCGUCAAGUUACAUGCAUCCUCUGCUGUGAGUCCUUGCCAGGCAACCAGCGCUGGUGCAGCUGUUGGGCUGCCUCACUUGGGCUUGGACAUGCUGUUGGAAGAGACGAAGGUGAUUGAGCUUGAAGAUACAGCUAAAUCUCUCGUUUAUGAUAUUCUUAAUCAACUGAAUGUGCUGCACCAGACCGCCCCAAGUUUCAGUUGCUGCGUGUUGUUUUCCUCGCUCCGUCAAGAAGAGACUGGAUCUUACCGUGGUGUGAUGGUUUGUGUACCCCGCAACCCAUUCAGCUAUACUGCUGUCGUGGCUGCCGUCACCAAUCGGGACAGUGAAGAUUUAAUGAUAGUCGAUAACUUUACAAACAUGGACAAGGAGUAUCUCGAGACCGGAUCAGAUGUGGAAAGCGUAGAUAGUUUUGAGGGGAACGUACGAUUCUUCCCGUCUGAAGAUGACUGCGAAGUUGACAACCAGGACGAGGAGGAAAUUAGUGGUGUAUUUUCGACCUUACUAUCCUUUCCCCUUCAACAGUCCCUGAACAAUGACCAGCACCGAGUGACUCAUCAUAACGAGCGUGUCUACAGGCCAGGUCCAGCCAAUGUUCUUCAGGCACUGACUAUGUCAUGUUCAAAUGAUUUCAUCAAUUUGGAACGUAUGGAGACUAUUGGCGAUAGCUUCUUGAAAUUCGUUGCAACAGUACAUCUGUAUUUGACCUACCCAAAUGCACACGAGGGCAAACUGAGUCAUAUGCGGAGCCGUGUGGUUUGCAAUUCCAACUUGUAUCGUCUGGGUCGAGCAAAAAAUCUCCAAGACCGAAUGAUUGCCUGUAAGUUCGGUCCGUACGAGAACUGGGUUCCGCCUGGUUACGUUGUUCGUCAUGAUCCGCGCUUGGUGACCAAAACAGAUCACAACUCACUCCAAAGCCCCACAAGGCAAUCGAAUAAGGAGGUGAACCUGAACAUUUGGUCUACAGAUACUUUGAUGGACGACGAAGUACUUCUGGGUAUGAAGGUCUACACCGAGGAGAUAAAACCGAUCGACAAUUUCGCCGUGUCACAAUGGGACCCGAAUUCUCCUGAGGUUGUGAAAACCCAAAAAAGCGUCGACCACUGUUUGGUCACAAUUCAGCAAGCCAUCCCGGACAAGUCAAUAGCUGAUUGUGUGGAAGCCCUAAUUGGUUGUUAUUUAACAGCUCGUGGUGAACGUUCCGCUCUACGUUUGAUGCGCUGGUUCGGCAUUGAUUGUCUUCCGGGCCCAGAUGUUCAUCUUCGCCCUCGAGGAGCGCCAUGGGCCGUCCCGCCACCCCUCAUUCCCUUAAAUGACCCUCGGCGAGCGCAACUGGAGGAAGCUCGACUUUCCUGGCGGUUCGACGAACUAGAGGCUAAGCUUAACUAUAAAUUCCGGGAUCCCACUUUGCUCAUUCAGGCAUUUACACAUCCUUCCUACCAUCAGCUGCGAAAAACUUUGCCGGUGAACCCCGAUGACGACCCCUUCAGUUCAACAUUUUUGACAGACACGGACUGUUAUCAGCGUUUGGAAUUUUUGGGUGACGCAGUACUAGACUAUGUUAUUACUCGCUUCCUCUACGAGGAUUCUCAACAACAUUCCCCUGGUGUGUUGACCGACUUGCGGUCAGCUCUUGUGAACAACAACAUCUUUGCUGCUCUCUCCGUACGAGCCGGGCUUCACCAGUUCCUUCGUGCAUCAUCUCCUCAACUGUUGCAUACCAUAGAUGUGUUUGUUCGGUAUCAGAAGGAAGUGGUCAAUGAUGAUCUAGACUUCAUCACCAAUGAGGAUAUUGAAAUACGCCAACUAGAACCGGUGGAUCCACUCACAGAAGAUCAGUACGAUCAAUCCGAGAAAACUCAAGCGCAAUCAACAGAUGCAUCAGACAAACCAGAUGUCGAAGACGAGGAGAUUGAUACUCUAGAUGCUACCCUACUGAACGCAGCCAAAGAACAAGAGAGCAGGUGGCAACAGAAUGAGGCAGAGAAGCUGUUAGGUAACUUUGCUCCAAAUGUUGAUGAUAAGCAAACGGUCUCUGACAGUGUAUCAGUGCCAACCACACAGGCGUCCGCAUCUCACUGCAGAUCGUCAAACAAAACCGAUCUAACAAACCGCGUUUCGGAUGAUGUUGAAAUACCUAAAGCGUUGGGUGACAUAUUUGAAUCGCUGGCAGGUGCACUUUUCUUGGAUUCCGAUUUGAGCCUAGACACCGUAUGGGCUGUUUUCUACCCUCUAAUGAAAGAGCGCAUAGAGCGUUAUACUGCAUGUAUUCCCAAAUCUCCUGUACGUCAGUUACUAGAAUUGGAACCAGAAGGCACAAAGUUUGAGUUCGCUGAAAGCUCGAAACAACCGCACGAAGCUGUUUUUGCUGGGAUCCAGCCAAGUUUGGAGAUAUACGCUUUGGAUUUGAGAUCCAAACUACCGGCGGCGCAAACCACUGCAUCAGCUGCAAAAUUGCCUGUGGUUCUUAGACGUGCCAAAGAGAUUCGAUGGUCUUUGUGUGAGCUCCAGUCAUUGGAUCCGUUGGAGUCUGCAAAAGCCGCCAGACGCAAACUUCGCGAAGAAAGUUCUUCCAGUCAACAGUGUUCGUGUGGCUA